UCAUUUUCAGUUGACAGUCCUUGGAUCAGGUGAUAUACGGAACCAGUGCCAUGGUCCAAGCUAAAACUGCAUCUAACCGAGUGCACCAGGCAGGAAGACUUUGUUCAUGACUUUUGCAAUAGUGGAGAAGAACUGGGCCAAUUUUACUCAACCGAAAGGCUGGACAGGUCUACCCCGCAGGUCGCUGGGUAGCAAGCGUUGCCUCUCUCCUGGGCUCCAGUAUGAUCAGCUGGAAAACCCUGGACUCCUUCUUCUCCCAGAGCCCUUCCAGGAAAUGUCCUGUCUGCAGUCCCAAGCCGAAGGACAGUGUGGCAGCCAGCCCCGACAAGAAGGCCCGGGCCGGGCAGGACGAGCCCAGCUUGCCACCCUCUUCACCACAAAGCCCCGAGCAAUUGGACCACAUCCAGAGAAAGGCCCCGCUGCUCAGACUCGAAGCUCAAACUGUGCCCCUGGGCUUUGGGGAGAGCUGGAAGAGGCACCUCAGUGGAGAAUUCCGGCAGCCGUAUUUUAAACAGCUAAUGGAAUUUGUUGCAGAAGAAAGAAAACACUACUCUGUUUAUCCACCCCCCCACCAAGUCUUCACCUGGACCCAAAUGUGUGACAUAGAUGAUGUGAAAGUUGUCAUCCUGGGACAGGAUCCUUACCACGAACCCAAUCAAGCUCACGGGCUCUGCUUUAGUGUCCAAAGACCGGUGCCACCCCCGCCCAGUUUGAAAAACAUCUAUAAAGAGCUGUCCACAGACAUAGAUGGCUUUGUUCAUCCUGAUCACGGAGAUUUGUCUAGGUGGUCCAAGCAAGGUGUCCUCCUGCUCAACGCUGUCCUCACUGUCCGGGUGCAGCAGGCCAAUUCACAUAAGGGGCGAGGCUGGGAGCAGUUCACUGAUGCAGUCGUGCGCUGGCUCAGUCAGAAUCUGCACGGCCUCGUCUUCCUGCUCUGGGGCUCUCAAGCUCAGAAGAAGGGCAGUGCCAUUGACAGGAGGCGGCAUCAUGUCCUGCAGACCACGCAUCCCUCCCCACUGUCAGCCUAUAGAGGAUUCUUCGGCUGCCGGCAUUUUUCUAAAGCCAAUGAGCUGCUGCAGAAGUCUGGCAAGAAGCCCAUUGACUGGACAGACCUGUGAUCCCACAGAGCAGUGGGCUCUCACCCGGGGUGAUUUGGGAGGCUGCUGCUAUUAACAAGAGAAAGCCUCCAUAAAGCAGCCCAUAAAGUUGCUCUGCAUGACAGCUUUACCAGCCAGAGGGAGACAGCAAAGAUAUCCUUUGAGCACUUCUGUGUAUCUGAGGUGGCAGAGGUGGCUGGGUGAGAAGUGGGCACAUUCCUCCCACGACAGCCAGGUCAGAUACCGGCUUGUUCUCUUUGUCUCCUUUGCUUGGUGGUAGAAGGGGGAGAUAAUCGGCUUUUUGAUACCUUCUCCCAUAGCGUAGGCUUUAUCAUAGGUUUCCAGGAAUCCUGUGUUCUUGUUUAGAAUCUCCCAUCUUUCAACAAUAAAAAAGAAUGAAAAACUGAUACAUGCUUCUCCACAGAUAAAGCUGAAAAUCUCCCUGUUCAUCUGGACUCCCAGAUCCCAUACUGGAGAAAUGUUAAGGUUGUUUUUUAGCUUUGAGAAAUCUGGCCCUUGUAGAAAACGGCAAUCAGUUUUCUGAAUGUAGUAGAGACCAGUAUUCCUGAGAAUUGUCCUUUUGUGAGACUUAACAGAUCAGCAGGCUAGAAACUAUAGCCAAGGGGCUGGGGAUUUAGCUCAGCGGCAUAAGCACCUGCCUUGCAAGCAGGUGGUCGUGAGUUUGAUCCCCAGUACUGAUUAAAAAAAAAAAAAAGAAAAAGAAAAGAAAAGAAAAAAGACUAUAGCCAGCCAGGUCUUUCUCCUGUUCGUUGGGUGCUUCCUGGAGUAGUAGAAGCUGGGCAAAGGUGGAGGAGGGGGGUUUGUGUUUAAUGAGGGCUGAGUGUUUUACUCCCAGUGCUGUUAGGUUGUGGUGGGGUAAGGCAGCCCAGACUGCCUAGUGCUGUUUAUUUUAUUUUGUUUUAAUAAACUGAAAUCAUUUGGAGGUUUGGGAUAUUUGUUUUCUGUUUUUGCAACACUGCUGAAUUUAAUAUUCUCAUAAAAUGCACAGAUACAUAUUUUUUCCAAUCUUUUUAAAAAAGACAGUCUUUACUGGAUCUGCACCCCUGAAC